GCAGGAAGCGCUUUCGGGCAGGCGAUUGGCCGUUGCCCUGGGCAACCCAGAGGCUGGGGGGAGUGGGAGGGAGGGGGGCGAGCAGAGCAAAGCCCCCGCCCCUCCAUUGUGUUGGGAAGUUUUCCCUGGACGGGAAGCAGUUUCCACUUUUUUUUUUUUUUGUGAGCGCCUGGUUUGGUUUCCAAGAGCCGUGGGAAAGCGAAGUCGCUCCGAAUCCGUGGAGCUGCAGAUGCAAAAAAAAAAAAAAGUAAAGAAUUGGGUUUGCGCUUCGGAGCAGCGGCGAAGUAAAUUGCGAAAAGGAGAGGGAGCACAGCGGCCGGGCGCCCCUGGGCGCCGCGUUGCAAAAAGCUCACGGCGCGCCAAGUUAGUUAACCCCCAUCGGGCGCUUGCAGAGCCGCGGAUGGAGGCGGGGGCUGCGGAGGGUCGGGGGCUGUCCGGACCGGACCGAGAGCCCUGGCCGGGAUCCCCAGGUCGAUGCUGAAGGAGACAUUUUCCCGCCGAAAAAUGCUGCAGGAUUUUCACGGACAGAUCUCGGGAGAUGAAAAGUGGGGCUCGGGUGCGAGGCAGCCCGGCAGGGCUCGGGUGUGAGAUGCCCCACUUCGCAGGCGUCUCUGUAAGGCUGUGUUGAAAAGCCAGCGUGGGCUUGGCGCACAAGGACGGUGCGAUUUGCAAGCUGGCAUCUUCCUUCCCUUUCCCUUAGAGGUCGCUCCCCAAAUAUCUCGUGCUGGGGGGGUCUCGGUACAGCGGUCAUCCUACGCAACGUUGGGCCUGGGUAGCUGUGCUAUGAAUUGGUUGCUGAGACUUGCCUGCGUUACCCUGGUCUGCAGCAGCCUUGCUGAAGGUAACAGCAAAGCAGAAUCUCGCACGGUGGUCGGCCGCAAAGGGGAGAGCGCUCUUCUCCGCUGCAACCUGCUGAAGCCGAACGCGACGAGCCCCCCUCUCUACGUCAUUGAGUGGGUGCGGUUCGGUUUCUUGCUUCCCAUCUUCAUCAAAUUCGGGCUGUAUUCCCCCCGGGUGGAUCCAGACUACGUUGGUCGUGUACGAAUCCAAGCUGGGGCUUCCCUACAGAUUGACCGGCUGCGUGCCGAGGACCAGGGCUGGUACGAAUGCCGGGUGUUGUUCCUCAACCGCCCCAACAAUGAUGAUGAAUUUCAGAACGGCACCUGGAUUCACCUCAUUGUGAACUCUGCCCCCGUCUUCAAGAGCACCCCACCGGCUUUGAUUGAGAUCCAGGAGCAAAAAUCGCUGACCCUGUCCUGUUCGGCCAGCGGCAACCCACCGCCUGUCGUCUCUUGGGAAAGAGACAGCCAAACUAUUGACGAUGGCAAUGAAAUACAGGUGAAAAAUGGGACUCUCUUUAUCGCUAAAGUCGAACGGACCUCUGCUGGUCUGUACUCCUGCCACGCCACCAAUCAAGAGGGCGCGCUCAUUCACACAACCCGCCUCCUUGUCCAAGGGCCACCGGUGAUCGUGGUCCCUCCAAAGGACGUCACGGUCAACCUCAGCCAAGAUGCUUUUUUCGCUUGCCGAGCUGAAGCCUAUCCUGCCAACCUCACCUACAGCUGGUUUCAGGGCGGCACCAACGUCUUCCAUCUCAGCCAUCUCCGGUCACGGAUUCAAAUCCUGGUGGACGGAAGCCUUUUGGUGCAGAAAACGACCCCGGAGGAUUCGGGAAAAUAUACUUGCAUUCCCAGCAAUGGGCUUCGGAAAUCGCCCUCGGCUUCUGCCUUCCUUACGGUUCUGUAUCCAGCUCAAGUAGCUAAGAUGCCUCCAGAGACCUUUCUGCCCAUCGGCAUGCAAGGCAUAAUCCGGUGCCCCAGCAGAGCCAACCCUCCCCUGCUUUCGGUCAACUGGAUCAAAGACGGGCAGCCACUGGAGAUUGGCAAGUUCCCAGGUUGGUCCUUGAAAACUGACGGGACGAUUAUCAUCGCCACAAGCAACGAUGACGCCUUGGGCGUGUAUGCUUGCACUCCGUACAACAGUUUUGGAACAGCUGGUAUUUCGGCACCUACGCGGACCCUCCUCAAAGAUCCUCCCACGUUCACUCUUCGACCCAAAGAGGAAUAUUUCCAGGAGGUGGGCCGGGAGCUGCUAAUUCCAUGCGUGGCCCAAGGAGACCCCAUACCCAUCACCUCUUGGACAAAAGUGGGUAGCAAGACAUUGGCCAACGCUCAGGUGGACACAAACGGUAGCCUCAACCUGCGGCCCCUGACGAAGGAACAGCACGGCUUGUGGGAAUGUGCCGCCAACAACGGCGUGGCCAGGGUUAGUGCCACCACCACUGUCCACGUGUUGGGUACCAGUCCCCAUGCUGCGGUCAACGUCUCCGUGUGGCCCCUACGACAAGCAGUCAAUGUGACCUGGGACCCAGGGUUUGAUGGAGGUUAUUUCCAGAGAUUCAGCAUCUGGUACACGCCAAUUCUGAGGCGCCUGAAUCGGCCCCACCACGACUGGGCCUCGUUGCCGGUGCCUGUGGGUGCUUCCCACAUCCUGGUGGAGAACCUCCGGCCAGAUAUGAGCUACCAGUUCAGCGUCUUGGCUCAGAACAAACUCGGCAGUGGUCCUUUCAGCGAAAUCAUCUCCAUCGCGCCUCUGGGAGUCCCCACUCAGACUGUGCUCCCCGUCUUUCCAACCACGGCCUCCCUGGUCUUCCUUCCCCCACCCCAGUUCCUGAGAUCCAACGAGACCACGCGCGGGGUCCUCCUCCUGUGGGAACCUCCGCUCCACGACCCUUCAGCCUUGAUGGGAUAUUCCUUGGAGCUGCGCCAGAACCGGGGGAAGUGGGAGGUGCUGAGUGGGGCCAUUCCCAGCUCCGAGACCCAAUUCCUGGUGCCUGGACUCAUCAAGGAUACCUUCUAUGAGUUCCGCCUGAUGGCCUUUGCCGGUAGUUACAUCAGUUACCCCAGUAAUGUGGUCAAUGUUUCAACCACAGGGAUGGAAGUGUACCCAUCCCGCAUCCAGCUCCCGGAGAUGCUACCCCAACCUGUGCUGGCCGGAGUGAUUGGGGGCAUCUGCUUCCUGAGCACGGCGGUCAUUUUCAGCACCAUGGCCGCCUGCGUCAUGAACCGGAGGAGAGCAACCCGUCUCCGCAAACGCAGGCAAGAUCUACCCAUUGUGUUUUCCUCCACCAAGAAGCUUCUCUCUACACAGCAUUCAACCGGUACAGCUAGCCCAGACAGCAUCAUGAAGCUGAAAUUUCAGGGGUCUCCCUAUCAGAGUCUUCGCCGGACCCUCUUGUGGGGCGAGAAAGCCGGCCGUAACCUCAGCCUCGAUCUCUCCGGCGGCCACACCGUCAACAGCAGCAAUUACAUCCUCUACGAGAGCCAUGUGGACCAACCGCUCCCUCUCGAACGCAUCUCCCGUGGUCCUGACGGCCGCUUUGUGGUGCAAAGCGAGGACGAGUCCCGAGAACACCGGAGCUCCUUCUCCCACCUGGAGAACGGCGAAAGCCCGCCGGAGCCCUAUCUCCAAGUCUUCUCCUCUCCCAAGGAAGCCGGGUGGCACCAGAGUGUCCAUCUCAGAGCCAAGAACGCCAGCCAGACCCAGCAGGAAGCUAAGGCCUCUGGACAUCGCCAAGGCCGCUAUUUCGAUUACAGCAGCAGUAGCCUGAUGGAGGAAGGCGAGCCCUUGUGUAUCGUCAAUAUCAGCCCGGUGGCUGCUGCGCUGUACAGCGCUAUCCCGGAUAACCAGUGGCUCCAGGACACUGCAGAGUCUUCUCCGUCCUCCUCAUCUCGCCAUACAUCCAGAUCUACAUCUCCGAUAGUCCACCCCGGUGCGAGUAAUUCGGCUCAGAGUGGGAUUCUCCAGUAUCUGAGUUUGCCCUUCUUCAAAGAGAUGAAUGUGGACGGCGAUUGGCCGCCGGAGGAGAACGAGAAGGAAGACGGACGCUUGGUGGAGACUGUCAACCAUGAACCCGGUCUUCCGGGCAGCCCCAGGAGGUCUUUUAUUCCGGACCAGGACAGGCCAGCUGGUCCGAUCUACAUGGACAUGGAGCCCGAUUCGAGCUCCGUUCAGGAUCAGCUCGUGGAAACGUCUUUCCUCCGACUUCCGGAUCCCAAUACGGGUCCAGCGAAGACGCCCUUGCCAGGGUCCCUGGCUUGCCCACUGUACCUCUGUUCCAGGACCGAGAGCCCACCACCGAAGGAUCAAGAAUGGUUAUGGACGCUCUCAUCCUCCCCUUCGCUCUCCUCCCAGCCCCUUCCGGAUUGCCCCCAGGCUGAGCUCUCCUGCCUGGUCCUCCCCUUGCCCGAGCUGCCCUCCGAGCAACACAAAUUGCCCCCUGCCAAUUUCCCACCAGCCCUCCCCUCGGAGAAAUUCCUGAGGGGCAGCUUGACCAGCCAAAGCAGCGGGCGGGGCAGUGCUUCUUUCCUAAGACCGUCAUCGUUGGCAACCUCCGUGGCGGGCAGCUACCUCAGUUCCCCCUUCGGAGAAGCGGCCAGCUGCCGAAGCAGCUCCGAGGGAGAAGAGAACAGAUACAAAAAGGAGAAUUUAGCGGCUGUGUUGGAGAAAAGAAGGAACACCUCCGUGGAUGAAAACUAUGAAUGGGAUUCGGAGUUCGCUCUGGAGUCAGAAUUACUGGAUGCCUUGCAGCUCUAUCGGAGCGGAGACCCCAAAAGACCCAUUUCUACGAUCGCGGCCCACGAUUUGGAGAAACAGAGCUUCAGAGGUUCAACCGAAUCCAGCAGAACGUCUCCUACUAAUUCACAGUCGGUCAGCGCCUUGGAUGGGUCUAACUCUCCGCUACCCUUGGCCAGUCCGGAGGAGCGUUGCGCUGCCCUGCGCAAGGAAUUCCUCGCUUAUCGCCGCCGGCGAGAAAUUAUUCAGCAACGGCGGCAGAAGAGGGACUCCAGCGGGAAGGACGAGCAAUUUGAACAAGGCACCUUAUUCUAAAAAAAUCCCUUCCCUGGGAUUUUUUUUGGCAGGACAAUUUUCCCUCUGUCCAUAAGAGGGCAGCUUUGGGACAACUCGAAUGCUCACUCUGCCCUCUAGAGGCAUGGAAGGGAACUGCUUUGUAACUUCAAAGUUCCAAAGAUACCAGACAAUUUUUAUUUUAUUUU